AAUCAAUUUAGUUAGAGAAUAAUAAAGGAAUGGAGAUAGAUUUGGUUAGUUUUAGUUGUAUUAGGCCUCAUACAUUUUUUUCUAAGAGAUAUUAUUUGAAAGUGAUGGAUGAUGAAGUUGUGAUAUCUGCAGUAAGCUUAUGAUUAAAAUAUAAAGUUUAGCAAUUAUUAGAAUCCAAAAUAUUGUAUAGAACUUAAAUUAACAACAUAAAUAUUAUGGAAAAUGGGGAAACAAUAAUUAAAAGCAUUUGGAAUAGUGUACCAAAAUAAAAUAAAAUAUUUUGAAGCAUCAUAAAUACAUCUUGAAUAAUUAAAGAAUAGUUUAGGUGGUCGAGUGAUAUAUAGAAAUAUGGCAUCAUUUUAUGAGCCAAUAUAAUUGAUAGGAGAAGGGUUGUCAGCAAAAGUAAAUUAAUAAUUUAAUAUAGGUAUUUUAAAGUAUAGAUAAGAAGAGUAAAAAGGCAGUGGCAGUGAAAAUGAUAAAAUAAGAGUUUGGUAGAGAAGAAUAAGCUUUGGUAAGUAAAUUAAAUUGAUUUUGAUUUAAGGAUAUCGUGAAAACGGAAGUGUCAAUCUUAAAGUCGCUUAACCAUGAGAAUAUUAUAAAGGUGCUUGAAGUAUAUGAGAAUGAUUAAACAUUUUGGAUAGUUUAAGAAUUUGUAGCAGGGACACCAUUAAGUGAUAUUUUAAAAGAAAAACUUAGCAGCAAUGAAAUUAAGUCAAUAAUGAUUGUAUGAUUGGAUAAAAUACUAAUAGGGAUUAUUAAAUACAGUAAGCUAUUUACAAUCUUUAAAAAUUGUUCAUAGAGAUAUAAAGCCUGAGAAUAUUAUCAUAAAAAAAGACAAUUCUAUUAAAGUUAUAGAUUUUGGUUUUGCAGCUAAUCUUAAGUUUGGUUCUGUCAGUUGUAUAUGUGGAACACCUGGAUAUUAUGCUCCUGAAUUAUUGAGAUCAAAAGAAUCAAGUUAUAAUUCAGAUAUGUUUAGUGUUGGUGUUGUUUUAUUUAAUUUGUAUAGAAUUUUUAAUAGCAUUUUAGAAUCACUAAUUAACCUAUGUCAAAAUAUAAAAUGAAUAAUCCAUAAAAAUUUAUUGGAGAUGAAGAUGCAGCAGAUCUUCUUUAAAAAAUGUUAGAAGUAGAUCCUACUAAAAGAAUUAAUGCGUAAUAAGCUUUAAAUCAUUCAUAUCUUAAAGAUAAAGUUGAAAAAACAUCUUAUGAUAAAUAGGAUAGUUAAUUUCUAUCAGAAAAUCAAAUUUCACAAUAAUAAUAGUAGUUAAAUAUUUAAUCAUAUCUACUUAAAAAAAGCAAUAAAAGUUUAGAUGCUAAAACAAUCAAAUCUCUCAAAACUACGAAUGUUAUUGAUUAAUGA